CCCGUGUUUUAGAGAGACAGGAGUGGAGGGUGGUUAUGGGGUACCGACAGCUGGCGAUUGCCAUGCUCUCGCUGGCACACCGCUCGUCUUCCUUCGUGCCAAGAGCACUGACCACGGGCAGCAGCAGAGGGAGAGCACGUUCACAGGCAUGGAGUCGGGCCGGCACGGUGACACGGAUGUCGUCGUCGUCGUCGUCGUCGUCGUCAGCAUCAUCCACCUGCCACGACACGAAGGAGAAGCCGCCGUACUACGUGACAACCCCUAUCUACUACGUGAACGACAAGCCGCACAUCGGGCACGCCUACACCACGCUAGCGUGCGACGUGAUCGCUCGCUUCAUGAGGCUCGACGGGAGGGAGGUCAUGUUUCUGACGGGAACGGACGAGCACGGGCAGAAGGUGGAGGCGUCGGCGCUUAAGGCCGACAAGUCGCCGCAGCAGUUCUGCGACGAGGUUUCGCAGGAGUUCAGAGACUUGUUGAAGACCAUGAAUUUCAGUAACGACCGCUUCAUCAGGACGACGGACGCAUCGCACAAGGCGGCCGCGUCUGCUUUGUGGAACAGGCUGAAGGAUAGGGGGCAAAUUUCGCUGGGGGUGUACGCCGGGUGGUACAGCGUGAGGGACGAGGCCUUCUACGGGGAGUCGGAGCUGGUCGACGGCAAGGCGCCCUCAGGCGCUGAGGUGGAGUGGGUCGAGAAAGAGCCGUCGUACUUCUUCAAGCUGAGCGAGUGGCAGCAGCCGCUCCUGGACUUCUACGCCGAGAACCCGCAGUUCAUAGCCCCGGAGUCGCGGAGGAACGAAGCGGUGUCCUUCGUUUCGGGGGGGCUCAGAGACCUCUCCAUUUCCAGGACCUCCUUCUCGUGGGGGGUGCCGGUGCCCGGCGACGACGAGCACGUCAUGUACGUCUGGGUCGAUGCCCUGGCCAACUACAUCUCGGCCCUCGGUUUCCCGGAGAUGGGCGAGGCGGGAGAGUUCAGCAAGUUCUGGCCUGCGGACCUUCACGUCAUCGGCAAGGACAUCCUCCGCUUCCACUCGGUCUACUGGCCGGCCCUCCUCCUUGCGGCGGGGCUGGAGCCUCCCACGAGGCUGUUCGUCCACGGGUGGUGGACCAAGGACGGCCAGAAGAUCUCCAAGAGCACGGGGAACGUGAUAGACCCGCUGGACCUGGUGGCCCGGUACGGGGUGGACGCUACGCGGUACUUCCUCAUGAGCGAGGUACCCUUCGGAAACGACGGAGACUUCUCGGAAACCGCCUUCCAGAACCGCGUGAACUCCAACCUGGCCAACGAGGUCGGAAACCUCGCCAUGCGGACGCUGUCCAUGGCGGUAAAGAACUGCGGGGGCCAAGUGCCACGACCGGCGACAGCUACCGAUGCGGGGGACGUGGACGAGGGAGGUGACAAGGCGCUGGGGAGAGAAGACUUCGACCUUACGCCUGAGGACGUGGAGCUUCUCAAGUCCGCGGGGGAGUGCAUUGGUGUCGUCAGGCCGCUGGUCGGGGAGACCCAGCAGCUGCACAAGGCCUUGGAGGCUAUCUUGCUGGUCUCUAGGGAGGCCAAUAGAUACGUCGAUUUCCAAGCACCGUGGAAGCUCAAGAAGACCAACCCAGAUAGAAUGAAGACGGUCUUGUGGGUGCUGCUGGAGACGAUUAGACACGUAGGGAUCCUGUAUCAGCCGUUCGUACCCGAAGCGGCGGGGAAGCUGUUGGACCAGUUAGGGGUGCCGGAAGGAGAUGCGCGAUUAUUCGCGGCGUUAGAGCAGGAGGGGGGGGCGCGGUUUUCGCUGCAGCCCGGGGCCCCCCUGGACAAGCCCGUCCCCGUGUUCCCUAGGAUCGAAGUGCCGGAGGAAGCGGUUGCGUCUUAGCCCAGCAGCUUGGUUGCUUUUGAAUCCUUGUAGAAAAGUUCAAGGCCUUGAUGAAGCUGUCUUGCUGAACUUCGGUUGGGAUCGGACUUUUGCGCUUUUUUGUUUGGGACGAUUGCUGCCACUGCUGUGGCCGCAAACUCGUGUUUGUGGGGCGUUCCGGAAGGUGGUGGAGCAGGUGUUUAUUUCUUGGGGAUGGGGUGUCGAAAUUUCAAGCUAGCCUUGAGGUUUAUCAGAAGACCGGGAGGUUCUCUGUUCAGCUGUUUCGGUACUAAGUAGUGUGUUGGUUGCAUGAUUGCUCGAGAAGAGGGCCAGGGGUCACUGCAGAGAGGAUUGUGUGGGUUUGUGUGUGUGUGAGAGAGAGAGAGAGAGAGAGAGUUGUGGUGAUUUCCACUACACACUUCUGUACCUGUCAAGAGGACGAGCGACAAGCAAGUACGCGACCGCCGUACUGCUGCCUAUUGUUGUUUACCGUUGUCGGCUUUACGGCGAAAAAAAUGCUCCACCUUUGACAGAAAACGCCGCAGAUGAGCUCUGCGACGACGGGUAGUCUACUGUCAUCCGUACGUUGACCGUGGAGCACUAUGGGGGGCUAUUCUGGUACAGCGAUGGUGUGUUAUUGGACGUGGGGACGAGUCGUAGAUGGAUAGAUAUCGUUGCGCGCGCUACCAAACAAAACGCGGUACCUUAGGGUCAUGUACAGCGGCGACUAAGGAGAUCUGGGACGAUUUGUGUAGUGGCUGGGUAGAGAAUCGUUGUACGCAUAUGCAUAUAGACUAUAUCACCAAACACAACCAACGCCAAGACAGUCAGACCGUUCGCCC